AUGAUUGAUGAGGGUCAUAAUGUCACCAAGGAGACCUUGAGCUCCGACAUUCAAAAACUGAAGGAGAAGCAGGACAUGCUGGACAAGGAGAUCUCCCAAUUAACAGCAGAGGGCUACCUUGUGAUUCAACUGGAGCAGCAUCUCUUCCUCCUCCAUGAGUACAAUGACAUCAAGGACGUAUCACCGAUGCUGCUGGGCAAGCUGACUGUGACUCAAGGCGUUACCACCAAGGAGUUAUAUCCAGAUUUUGAUCUUAACCAGAAUGACUGAGCAGCUUCUUGGAG